AUGAAUAAAGGAUUUACUCGUAAACGUUCAAGAUAUCAUAGUCAUAAAAUUGACAAAUUUCUUUUACAAGAAUAUGAACAUCGUAAAAAAGAAAUCCAGUUACUUUUAGUUGGUUUACCAAACUCUGGUAAAAAUACCUUCUGUAAACAGUUACGUCUUCAUUUUGGUGAUGGUUUUCCCACGUCGUAUCGUAUUGAAAUGAAACCCACUAUACUGGCGAAUACAACAGAUGCUAUCGCGCUUGUCUUGGAAUAUAUGAAAGACUCUGGUUUAAUAUUUUCAGAUAUUUUAGCUCAUAGACUUCAAGAGUAUCUUGUGAACAGUCGAUCUGAGAAUGGAUGGAUCACUAAAGAUUUUAUACUCUUCGAACCAGAAUGUAACACCCCUAACAACAACUAUAAUGUUUUAAAACGUCAAGAAUCACCAACAAAAGCUAAACGAUCAGAGCCCGCAGGAUCGAUACCUGGUUCUCAUUAUCAAAGUCAUAGUUCUUCACUGGUGAACAACUGUUCAAUGAUAAUCACCAAAACAAUCAAUCCUGAGCUGGUGGUAAAAAAGUCUUUUAUUUCCCCUGAACCAACACAACUGGGGCUAAAUGAUGCUUUGAAAGCUGCCAACAAUUCAAACAAUGAAUCAUGUGGUUCAAGCUUUCAAUUGCCUGUCUACCCUGUGAACAAUAGCAACGCAAAUGAUAAAAAUACAGAAAGUAUUACAGACUCAAUUGUUGAAAGAUUUCUACACUAUGUCGAUGAACACAACUCUAUACCACCAUCAGUUUUAAAAAAGUUUGAAUCAAUCAUUGAUGUAAAGUCAAUGGACAAUUGGCAGAGUAUUAUUCAAGAUAAAGCCACUUUACAUCAUCUAAUCCAUAUUCUACUACAGAGUGGUAUUGACAAUUGGUCAUCGUUUCUUAUGCAUGGUGCAACACCACCACCAGCUCCGACCACUUUACCGCCAGUCUCUGUUGAAGAUGAAUUGUUAGACUAUAUAGUGACAAGUGAAAGUGUUGAUACUUCAGAAGAAGGUGAUGAGGAUUAUGAUGAAGAAGAGCGAGGUGAUGUUGAAGAAGCUAAGGUCAAGGAUAGAGAAAGUGAGUGGACAACGUCGUCGAAUUCUCUGGAGAGGACUCUUGUUAAGAGUAAUUCCAGUACAGGAGAAAUUUACGAUAUGGCCAAUUUCAGUGAUGAGAACAGUGAUGAGAACCAUGAAGAUAGUGAACAAGAUGACUGGGAUAAUUGUAUCAAUCAUUUAGCUGAUCUUAGGACAGAAGAUGGCUUAAAUACUAAAACAAAUUCAAGGUUAUUAAAUAAUAACAAGCUAAAACAUAAAGGUCGAGAUCAUGUCAAAUCAACAAGUGGUACAUCACAUAUGAAAGCAAACUAUGUUGAGCUGAAUAGUAACUUCAAUUUGUUAGAAUUUUCAAUUGAUCAAUUACCAUCAAGUGCCAAUUGUUCAGAGCAUAAGAUCUCUUUGCGUUCAUUGCAAAUUAUUAUGAAGAUAAUUACAGAUCAAGUGGAGUUCCGUAAGGCAUUUAUUGAUUUUCUGCCAAUUCUAUCCCAUAAAAGUUACGCUGGUUCGUACUUUAUUAAGUGUGUGGAUAGAAUUAUACAAGAUGAUUAUGUGCCUACUUUACAAGAUUUAUUAGUUAUGAAACAAUCAUCAAAAGCUGUAAGAGAAUCACUUAUAUCUAUUGGAUCAAUAAAUCUAAGAACAAUUAAUUUGGGUGAACAAAGUGAACAUUUAAACAAACGAUUUCAUUAUUUUGAAUCAGUUAAUAUGAUUAUAUUUUUUAUAUCACUUGAAGAUGUUUAUCGAUUUACUACAAUUGAGGAGAAGAAAAUCACAGAUCAUCAAACAUUUAAACUAUUUGGAGAUAUUGUCAAUUCGCCAGAUCUAGCCAGGAAGGAGAUAAUUGUCUUUUUGAAUAAAGUCGAUGUUAUCAAGUCAGUCGUUUCACAGACAAAUAACAAUAAUAACAACAAUAAUAAUAGUAAUAAUUCGAAGAAUAUUGACAGCGAUGUAAUGCCAAUCGAUAAAGAUGGCGAAAAUCGUAAUGAUUCAACAAAUUGGACAGUGUUCAUUGAAGAGAUGAAAUCCUGCCUAACUGAAUUACGUAAUAAUGCUAAAAUCAGAGUUUCAUCCCAUUUAUAUUUUCAUGUAACCUGUGCUCUGGAUAUUGAUGAGAUGAAAUGGAUCACAAAAGAUUGUUUGAGAACUAUUUUUGAGUUAAAUCGUAGACGUCAUUUAAUUUUUUGA